AUGAAUUCUGUAAUGAGAAGAGCAUUUUUUCCUAUUUAUAACAACACAUUUAAAUCAUCUUAUCGGCUUUUUGCUGACAAAUCGAUAAACGAUAAAAUUGAUACUAUCGUUAAAAAUAAUAAAGUGGUUGUUUUUAUGAAAGGAGUUCCUGAUGCUCCGCGAUGUGGUUUCAGCAACGCUGUGGUUCAGAUUAUGAGAAUGCAUGCCGUUCCUUAUGAGAGUUGUGACGUACUGGCUGAUGAAAAUAUCAGACAAGGAAUAAAAGAGUAUUCAAACUGGCCGACUAUACCCCAAGUAUUUAUCAAUGGUGAGUUUGUCGGUGGUUGUGACAUAAUGCUACAGAUGCAUCAAUCGGGGGAACUCGUUGAAGAAUUAAAGAAAGUUGGUAUCAAGAGCGCACUUCUCACAGCAGAGGAAGCUAAGAAAGAAAAUAGCAAGUAG